UUUAGGUGAUAGGGUGCCUCAUAACUACUGUAAUAGCCUUGAAAUGAACUGGGUCCGUCUUUCCGUUUAUGCUGCGAUCUUGGUGAACUUUGGGCUGUUAUUGACUUUUGUGACACUUACAGCAUGGGGAGUGCAGCCCGACCAGGCACCCAGGAUCAGCUCAGAGGAGACGGUGGUCGAAACGCUGAGGCAGCAAGUUAAUCUGUCCAGAUCUGAGGACACAAGUGUUUCAUACCAGAGAGAUGUUGAAAAGUGCAAUGGUAGUCGACCAGCCUUACAUCAAGGCUUCACAAUACAGGACACGUCUCAAGGCAGCAGCAUUGUCAAGUUGGACGUCGGUGCUGCCACAGAAGCGAUGACUGCUGCCUUGCUCCAAGGUUUCCAAUUAGAUGAUGGCGCCAUCAGUGUGCUUGUAUCCGGCAACUACGUCAUCCUCAUGGACGUGACCUACUUCUUCCGUGGCCACGUCGAUGGGUCACAAGUCAAGGUGUACGUGACAUGCGUCCAGUCCGACCCUGCGAAAGAUCUUGUACAGAUCUCACAAUUGUGCAGGAAAGGGAGAUAUUGUUCCCUUACAUUUCAGGGCAUUUCGUAUUUGUCUCAGACUGCAAAACUCCACUGUGAAGCCAACCAUGCCAGUGAUAUAGUCACCGCCAUUGUGAAUACUCACAUCAGCCUUGCAUUCUAUUGAACAGGCGUUGUUUUUUGGGCAUUUCCUUAUACAUGUAUUUGUCCAUAUUUACCUGAGCCAGUUUAGGUCACAAUUGCAUUACUGAUAUGAUUUCUAAGUCAUAUUCAGGGUUAAACGUUGACAUUGGUUUAAAUUGGUACUCAAGGUUGUUUUUUUAAAUACAAUAAGAUAAAUAUCUACACUAUUUGAUUUAGAAAAGAUCAAUCGUGAAUCUACUUUUAGUCAUUGACAUAUAGUUCCAGCUUUCAAAGGGGCGGUCGGGUAGCCCAGUGGUUAAAGCGUUCGCUCGUCACGCCGAAGACUCGGGUUCGAUUCCCGACAUGGGUACAAUGUGUGAAGCCCAUUGCUGGUGUCCCCGCCGUGGCAUUGCUCGAAUGUUGCUAAAAGCGGCGUAAAACCAUAGUUACUCGCUCCAGCUUUCAAAGCCUUUGUGCACAUGUGUUCUGAGCUUAUAAAAAUAUAUAUUAUUGAAAACAAACAUGCUUUUGGUUUAAUAAUUUCAUAGGAACGUUAAGUAUAUAUAUUCCUUCCAUUGAGUAUCAUACCUUAUUGUAUGGUACGUGUACAUACGUGAACGCCAGCUUUAAACCAUAUUGUAUUUUUACUGUUUGUAUCAUUUGUUUCUUAUUUGAUCAUACAUGGAAUAUCGCCUUGUAGCACAAGCAACGCAACGGACUGGACCGGUCAGUUUUAACGUUGUCAUGACAGCAUCAGUCGACCAGCGGGUUCUAAGCCAUGAUCGCGUUGGGGCGAUCUUUUCACCGAAAGUAGAUAGAAACAUGUUUUGGACCUUUUGGAAUCUCGUAGUUGUGACAAACCACAGUUGAAACUGUUAACUAUUUUGUACAAUUUAAUGUUUACUGAUUAACAUAAAGAAAACAAUAAAGCUGAUUAAAGUCG